AUGUGUGAUUACUUUGGGUCAUGUACAGCCGAAGAUCUAAAACCAGUAUUACAACGUGCAAGCCAAACCUCAAAAAUCAUAAUAUCAAAUUUGGGUCUACAUAUAAGGUUCGAGGACAUCGAACACCUCCUCAACGAGCAUGGACGUGUUGUAUCGUGUGACAAGUUGACAUCGAAAGAUCAGAACACACAGACCGUCGCCGUCACGUACGACACCCCCGAGCAGGCUCAAAUAGCUGUAAAUCAGUUAAAUGGCGUUGAAGUAGAAGGUAAAUCGUUAAAAGUAGAAUUGGCUGUGGAAAAACGGGGGAAACGUAAUCCCAGAGGACCAGGUGCUGCUUUUGGAGGUUUACCCGGACAAAACAGACAAACUGACUUCCCCUUAAGGAUACUGGUAGGAGCUAUUAUUGGUAGACAAGGUUCAACAAUAAGACAGAUAACACAACAGACGAGGGCAAGAGUUGAUGUUCAUAGAAAAGAUAAUGUAGGUUCCUUAGAGAAAGCCAUUACUAUUUACGGUAAUCCAGAUAAUUGUACCAAUGCAUGUAAGAGAAUUCUAGAAGUUAUGCAACAGGAGGCUAACAACACGAAUAAAGGGGAAAUUUCUUUAAAGAUCUUAGCUCAUAAUAAUCUAAUCGGACGGAUUAUAGGAAAAGGAGGUAAUACAAUCAAGAGGAUAAUGCAAGAGACAGAUACAAAGAUCACCGUGUCCAGUAUAAACGAUAUCAAUUCUUUCAAUCUAGAACGUAUAAUCACUGUCAAGGGAUCCAUCGAAAAUAUGAGCCGCGCCGAAUCCCAGAUUAGCUCAAAAUUAAGACAAAGCUACGAAAAUGAUCUGCAGGCCAUGGCACCCCAGACCAUGAUGUUCCCGGGGUUGCAUCCGAUGGCGAUGAUGGCCACAGCAGGAAUUGGUUAUGGUUCAAGAGGACUUUAUUCAGGUCAAGCUCCUUACCCCGGUAUGUACCCCGCAGGGUCUCAAUCUGGUGGCGAUACCCAAGAGACAACCUACUUGUAUAUCCCUAAUAACGCUGUAGGCGCAAUCAUUGGUACUAAGGGAUCACACAUUAGAAAUAUCAUACGAUUCUCCGGAGCGUCCGUCAAAAUAGCACCUAUUGAUGAAACCAAACCACAAGAAACACAGAACGAAAGGAGGGUCACAAUUGUCGGAUCACCGGAAGCCCAAUGGAAAGCUCAAUAUUUGAUUUUUGAAAAGAUGAGGGAAGAAGGCUUCGUCGCUGGAUCCGACGAUGUGCGGUUAACAGUUGAAAUUAUGGUACCAAGUUCUCAAGUUGGGCGAAUUAUUGUCUGCACAAAGACGUAUCCGAGCGAUGGUCCUCCAAUCAGUCGCUCCUCCACAGGGCAGACAGCGCCAAUCAAAGCAGAAAGAUACCAGUCAAUCGGAAGCUACCUCAUCCGAGCCACAACAGUAGUACUAACUAGAGCAACAUUCAUACACACUGCCUGUGCGCAUGGGUUUGUUUCUGCAUACCCUAUUUUUUAUAAGAAACCUCUCUCGAUGCCUUCCACUUGUACCAUGAUGAAGAUUAUUUUAAAGCAGCGUUCGAGCGUCGACGUGGCUGCUCCACUUGGUUACGACAAAUAA